AUGUGCCAGGGCAAGCCGGCGGGGCGAGAACGCUACCUCCUGGCAGGGCCGGGUCCGCACCCAGAGCUGCAGGUGCCCUGCUGGUCCGUGCGCAGGAAAAGCUCUGGCAUCAGCCUUCUCUUUAUAGCCUCCCUGCCGCCCUCCGGCCCAGCCUCACCCGGCCAGCCCGGCCCCCCGGCUCGCUUCACCCACCCCUUUGAAGCCUUGACGGGCAGCCAACGGAGCUGGCCGAGCUCACAGGGCCCGGGGCCGGUGCCAGGGCCCUGGCAGCCCCUGCCCGCCUAG